UUGACUUCCAAAUUAAAUUAUCAACCAUUUAUUUAAAUGUAAAUGUGUGUAUAUAAUGGAGAGAGAGAGAUGAGAUAAUUGAGAGGAAAACAUCUUUGAAAUUCCAAUUCCCAAACAAAAUUUUAGGAGAGAAUGGGAAGUUUGGGUAAUUUGGUUCUAAUUUCUUCGUUCAUUUUCACAAUCUUUGGUGUCUCUGUUUCUCCAGCUCCUCGUCAUACUUAUCACUAUCUUGAUGGUCUUCUCCCAAAUGGUGACUUUGAAACUCCACCACACGGAUCAAACUUAAACAAAACAGUGAUUGUAGGCAAAUAUUCCCUCCCAAAAUGGGAAAUCAAUGGCCUCGUUGAAUAUGUAUCAGGUGGGCCCCAACCAGGUGGAUUUUACUUUCCAAUUCCUCGUGGGACCCAUGCGGCGAGAUUGGGGAACGAGGCUUCAAUCUCACAAAUGGUGAAGUUAAGAUGGCAUUCCAUUUAUACACUGUCAUUUGGAGCCACAAGGACCUGCGCACAAGAUGAAGUGUUGAGAAUUGAAAUUGGGGGUCAAUCAGCUAACCUUUCUAUUCAGACACUGUAUAGCAAUGGAGGUGAUACUUAUGCCUUUACUUUUAGGGCUAAUAGGAAUGUUGUGAAGGUCACUUUUCAUAACCCUGGUAUUCAGGAAGAUCCCACUUGUGGUCCCCUCUUGGAUCUCAUUUUCAUCAAAGAGAUGUUACCUCUACGUCGCCUUCCUGGUAACCUUUUGUUGAAUGGAAACUUUGAAGUUGGACCUCAUGUGAUAAAGAGCUUCAACAAUGGAAUACUCCUUCCUCCAUUGCAAGCUGAUCACAUUUCUCCACUUCCAGGCUGGAUCAUUGAGUCUCUCAAGCCUAUAAAAUACAUCGACAGAGGCCAUUUCUUUGUCCCUUCAGGGAAUGCAGCCAUUGAAUUGGUUGCAGGACGAGAAAGUGCCAUUGCCCAAAUAAUCCGAACAGUCCCCAAAAAGUUUUAUAAUUUGACCUUCACCAUUGGAGAUGCCAGAAAUGGAUGCCAUGGCUCCAUGGAUGUCCAAGCUUUUGCUGCUCAACAAGCCAUCAAAGUUCCUUUCAUAUCUAGAGGGAUUGGAAGGUCCAAAACUGCAAGUUUGAAGUUCCAAGCAGUUUCAGUUAGCACAAGGAUUACAUUUUACAGUGCUUAUUAUCACACCAAGCUUCAUGACUUUGGGCAUUUGUGUGGCCCUAUUUUGGACAAUGUUAUAGUUGUUCCAGCCUAGAUCUUAGGCUCCCAAAUAAUACUCAUAUAUAUCAAACAGUUGCUUUAGAAGUUGGAUUGUUUAACAAAAAUGUUUUCCAUUGUUCUAAACCACAAUUAGUGGAAAGCAUGUUUUGGCUAUGUUUUCGUUA